AUUACAUGAAACAUUGAGGACAGGUCACCAAAUUAUUUUAAAGAAAUUUGCAUAGCAAUGAGAGUUUUUGAGUAACCUGGCAAGAUUUGCAAACUUUCAGAUACUUAAUUCUAAAAUCUUAUAUGGUAGUUUGUGAAUGUUAGAUGUGUUGAUGGAAAGAAAGCUUUGGAAAUUCUCAGUAGGCUGAGAAGAACUUCUUCCCCAGUCCUCUGUUUAUGACUUGCUGCUCCUGGAGCUGUCGAGGCAGCUCAACCCAUAAAAGCACUUGGUAUGUAAGCCUGAGGAUCUGAAUCUAUUUCCUAGAUCCAUGAUGGAAGGAGUGAUACCAACUAUACAAAGUUGUCCUGACUAUGGCAUGUGUGUGUGUACAAUAAUAAUAAAAAUAAUAAUAAAAAUAAUAAAAAGGAACUGCUGCUCCUGGGGCUGGGAAGAUAUAAAAUGCAAGUACAAGCAUGUGGAUCUGGAGCACCCACUUAAAAAAAAAGCUGGGGUUAGUAGUGGUACUUGCCACUAACCAAGGAAAUGGAAACAGACCCCUGGGGCUUGAUGACCGAUCUAAUCUAGCUAUUUGGUGAGGUGCAGGUUUAGUGAGAUACCACAGCUCAAAAAACAAGAUGAAGCCAUGUGUGGUGGUAUACAUCUUUAAUCCCAGUUGGGAUGCAGGGGAAGGAGGAUCUCUGUGAGCUCAAAGCCAGCCUGAUCUACAAAGCCAGUUCCAGGCACAAAAAUAAUUGCUGUGCCUGAUAAAAAUGUAUGCAAUGUUAAUCUUCUGGGGGUGGUCAGAUAGUCUGUAAAAAAUUAAUCCUCAAUCUGAAAAAAAAAACAUUUAUACCAUGUACUUUAAAUUUCCCAAUGAAAUACACAUAUUCUAAAGAUGGGUGAAUUAUAAGCAUUUAUUCAUUUCAGCUGCUCAUAAGUUGAAAAUUUGAAAGGGUUUCUUUUUAAAAAAAAAAACUCCACCUAUGUAAUAUAAAAGAGAACAUUUUUAGAGGUAAGGAAGAACUGUCAGAUUACAUGUUUAUCUUUUAUAAUUUACCCUCAAAAUUUCGCCCUUUGGAUAAAUACUCAAGAUGGCUCACACAGCCCACAAAUCCACAGGCAGCAUGAUGUCAGCAUCCCAGCACUCUUUCCGCAGUGAUGCUUUUGGCCACCUGUUUACUCACUGCCAAUAGAGCAGGAUAAACAUAAAAUGAUUUUCUUAGUGACUGGAGAAGACAAGAAUGACAUUAAGAAUAGGAGGUAACUUGAAACAAAUUUUACUAAAUGCAUAAAAGCAGCAAAGAAAACACAGAAAUCAAACAACAUAAACAAUCUGGGAGCCAGAUGGGGUACUUAUUUUGGUUAUCUCAGCACUAGGUAAGCAGACAGAGGCCAGCCUGAUCCACAUACCCAUACCAAGCUAGUCAGGGCUACAGAGACUUUGUAUCCAAGUAAGCAAAUAAAAACCUAACUACCACUAACUAAGAGGUGUCAGACAUUUGACAGUUUGAAGACUAUUUGUGGCUUUCAGACCCCAAAAUGAUAUAAUAGAAGAAGAGUUAUGCUAAGAAAAUACCUACCAAAUGUGUUGAUGUAAAUAUUUUGUGCCCUGUACAUGAAUAGUACAAAUGAAAUAUUUAGAAGUCAGUGGUACGCUUUGCUUAUAGAUAAUUCCCCAGAAAGAGAACAGCUCUGACACAGCAGUCUCAGAACAGAGAGUAAUGCAGUGAGGGUGAGGCCCACAGCAUCAGUGAUAAUGGAAGGCACUACAUACAUAAACAGAACCAAAAGUGACUGGAUAUAAUAGACUUACAUCAAUAGUCAUGGACUUUUGAAUGGACUCAGACAAACUUUAAAUACACAUGGAAUAUUUACAAAAACAGUAAGGCCACAAGGUAAAGCCCAGGAAUACCAAAGCCUGUCAUACAGAAUUUAGACAACAGUCUAAUUCACCUAUGAAGCCAGAUAUGGUGGCAUACACCUAAAAUCCCAGCACUUGAAAGAGGAUCUGGAGUUCAAGGCCAGCCUGAGGUACAUAGCAAGACUCUGUCAAAAAAUUGCCUAUUAAGACAUUACAAAAGAAAUUCUAUAUGCUCAUGUGCUUGAAAUUAAAAUUCUGGAACAUUAAAUCUUGUUGAAAAUAAGAGAAUGUUUCUAUAAAUGUAAAUAUUCCUUAAACUAAAACUGAACCCAUUAAAUUCCAGGUAUUUUUUGAUGAUGUAUAGUUAUCACUGUGUAUAUGCAAAGUACAGGUUAACUAUAAAGUAUCUCUUUUCACACAAAAGUGCAAGCUCCAAAUGGCAGGCAUAUUUAUCUUUGUUUUCAAGCAACUCUGAGGAUGUCUGGCACUUAGUGAGAUCAAUAGGUUUUUGUUUUUAGAUUUUAUUUUUGUAAAGGAUGUGACCAAGGGUUUGUGUACGUGAGUGUGAUGCCUACAGAAGCCAGAAGAUGGCAUCAGAGACCCUGGACCUGGAGUUAACAGGUGAGCUGAUAGCUAUGAAUGCUGAUAACCAAAUAUGAUCCUCUCCAAGAGCAGCAAGUUCUCAAUCACUGCUUCAAACCCCACAGAUUUUCACAGUAACUGAAAAGUUCUGGCCAAGUACUUGUGAAAUAAUGCUUAGCUUGCAGGGUAACAAUGUGUUCAUCUAGAAAAAAAAAUGUGGAGACUGGCCUAAAUUUGGUUAUUUCAAGGAUAUUACAAAGACAAAAAAGGCCCCUAAUGAGGGCCUCACUUAUAGUGUCCACUGCAUCUUGCUCCUAUUCCUGACUAUAAAUUGCCCUUUGAGACCCGGGGUCCCCUAAGAUGAUCUUUGUUGGUUACCAGAAAGCCGCCGUUUUUGGUUUGCUGGCUUCCCAAAUGAAUCUUUUUCCAUACCUCACUACUUGUCCUGGAGUCAUUGGUAUUUGGGAAAAGCAAUCUAGACCUGGUUGACUAACAGUAUUAGGAUUUCUAUUGAAAGAAGAUACAACACAGGCAGACUGAGAGAUAACACACUACUUGGGGCCUUCAGAAAACAAGUCUUAUUUUUGAUCUUCUUAUAGCUGACUUAACAUCUCAGGACAAUUAGGCUAAAAAAGCAAACCCCUGACUGUACACUUACUGAUUUGUAAUUACCUCUUUUUCUGCUUGUAAAGAUCCUUACACCUGCUCUUUCUUCAGAACACUUUUCAAGGAAACUUGUGUUAAUUCCCUAGUCUAAGUCACUUACUCACAUAGGGCUCAGAAUAAAGUUUUGUGAGACAGGUAGCCCAGGGCAGCCUAGAACAUGUUAAAGACUCCAGGGCUAGCCCCAAACUGAGGGCAACACUAUCUUAGUCUGCCAAAUGCUGUAAUUUCGGGAAUGAGUCGCUAUGCUCAGCUUUUAAUACUGGGUGGGGGGUGGCGGGAGUGCUACUGGGAGAGAAGUGACUGGAACCCCGGGGACAUGGGUGUGCUAAGCAAGCAUUUUACCACUCAAUUACAUCUCCAGCCCUUAUUUUACUUUAAAUGGCACUUUUGCCUAUGCAGUUCAUUUUCUUAAAUCACCAUACACAUUAAUAGUUGUAAAGGAAAUACCCCAACCGUGUACAUGGAGGGUGUUCUAAGGAAGGCAAUGCCAAGACAGGGUUUCUGUGUGUAGCCCUGGCUGUUCUGGAACUCGUUUUGUAGAUGAGGCUGGCCUCGAAAUCAGAGAUCCGCUUGUCUCGGCCUCCCAAAGGCUGCGAUUAAAGCUGUGCACCACCACUGCCGGCUGGACUUUUCCCCAGUUCUCUUUAUGUAAGUCUAAAAACCUUUUCAAAAGAUUUGCUAGGGAAAGCCAAGGCUCGGCGCGUGCUAGGAAGGCCCUCUACUAUUGCGCUCUGCCCCUGGCUCUGAAACUGAGUCGAGACAUAACCUGCCAGUUCCAAACGUUCAUGGUUAAUCGGCGUUUUGGUCAGUCUCGCACUGAUCACUUUCCCUCAAAAUAUUAUCCACUUCCGGCUUAGAGCGCCGACGCCCGGAAUCCCCUCCUGCGCAUGCGCAUCACUCAUCCUCUCAGAAGCCGCGAGCGUGCUGACGUCACCGCCAGGCUGGCUCGUUCAGAGAUCGGCGGGAAUUUUUCAAAAUGGGAGCACGGAGGCGCCGCCCAGGCCUCAGGAGGUACCGGGGGUACCUUUCGGUGGCGUUGGCGGCGUCGCCAGCGGCGGCGGCGGCAUAGAGAGUGCAGCCCGAUGGGCGCCAAGACCCGCUGGCUGCUCGGAGCGCUGCCUCGGAGGGACUGCGAGACGGCCGAGUCCGGGGCGCCAGCGGCCCGGGAACAUGGCGGCGUGCAUCGGGGAGAGGAUCGAGGACUUUAAGGUUGGAAAUCUACUCGGUAAAGGAUCAUUUGCAGGAGUCUACAGAGCUGAGUCCAUUCACACCGGUUUGGAAGUUGCAAUCAAAAUGAUAGAUAAGAAAGCCAUGUACAAAGCUGGAAUGGUACAGAGAGUCCAGAAUGAGGUGAAAAUACAUUGCCAGUUGAAACACCCUUCUGUUUUGGAGCUUUAUAAUUACUUUGAAGAUAACAAUUAUGUAUAUCUGGUGUUAGAAAUGUGCCAUAAUGGAGAAAUGAACAGGUAUCUAAAGAACCGAAUGAAACCUUUCUCAGAAAGUGAAGCUAGGCAAUUUAUGCACCAGAUCAUCACAGGAAUGUUGUAUCUUCAUUCUCAUGGCAUAUUACACCGGGACCUCACACUCUCUAACAUAUUACUUACACGUAAUAUGAACAUAAAAAUUGCUGACUUUGGACUAGCAACACAAUUGAAAAUGCCACAUGAAAAGCAUUACACACUCUGUGGAACUCCUAAUUACAUUUCACCAGAAAUUGCAACUCGAAGUGCACAUGGACUUGAAUCUGAUAUUUGGUCGUUGGGCUGUAUGUUUUAUACAUUACUUAUUGGAAGACCACCUUUUGACACUGAUACAGUCAAGAACACAUUGAAUAAAGUAGUUUUGGCAGAUUAUGAAAUGCCAACCUUUUUGUCACGAGAGGCCCAGGACCUUAUCCACCAGUUACUUCGUAGGAAUCCUGCAGAUCGGUUAAGUCUGUCUUCUGUAUUGGACCAUCCUUUUAUGUCACGAAAUCCUUCAACAAAAAAUAAAGACUUAGGGACUGUAGAGGACUCCAUGGAUAGUGGGCAUGCCACAAUUUCCACAACAAUUACAGCGUCUUCCAGUACCAGUUUGAGUGGUAGCUUACUUGACAGAAGAAGACUUUUGAUUGGUCAGUCACUUCCAAAUAAAAUUACUGUAUUUCCAAAAAAUAAGAAUUUAAGUGACUUUUCUUCAGGAGAUGGAAGCAAUUUUUGUACACAAUGGGGAAACCCAGACCAAGAAACUAAUAAUAGGGGACGGGGAAGAGUAAUUGAAGAUGCAGAAGAAAGGCCGCAUUCUCGAUACCUUCGCAGAGCUCAUUCCUCUGAUAGAUCCAGCACUUCUAAUCAGUCUCGAGCAAAAACAUACUCAAUAGAACGAUGUCAUUCAGUAGAAAUGCUUUCAAAGCCCAGAAGAUCCCUGGAUGAAAAUGAAGAGAGUUCCAGUCAUCAUUGUCUAGGAAAAACUCCUUUUCCAUUUGCAGACCAGACGCCUCAGAUGGAAAUGGUACAGCAGUGGUUUGGAAAUCUGCAAAUGAAUGCUCAUUUAGGAGAAACUAAUGAACACAGCACCGCUAGCCCAAACAGAGAUUUCCAGAGCUGUCCAGAUUCAUGGGAUGUGUUAAGAAAUGCUUGGACUGAUACAAGAGCCAGCAAGAAUGUUGAUACUUCUGCUAAUGUUCAUCCUGUAAAGCAGCUGAGUACAACAAAGUACAUGACUGCACAUCAUAGUAAGCCUGAGGUCACGCACCAAGAACUGGGCUUACAUCCUCGUUCUGAACAAAGCAAGAAUAGGAGUGUGGAGUCAACGUUGGGUCACCAGAAACCUACCUUACGAAGCAUCACAUCUCCUUUGAUUGCUCACAGAUUAAAACCAAUCAGACAAAAAACCAAAAAGGCUGUGGUGAGCAUCCUUGAUUCAGAGGAGGUGUGUGUGGAGCUUCUGAAAGAGUGUGCAUCUGAAGGAUAUGUGAAAGAGGUUCUUCAGAUAUCUAGUGACGGGACUAUGAUCACUGUUUAUUAUCCAAAUGAUGGAAGAGGCUUUCCUCUUGCUGAUAGACCACCCUUGCCUACUGACAACAUCAGUAGGUACAGCUUUGACAGUUUACCAGAAAAAUACUGGCGGAAAUAUCAGUAUGCUUCCAGAUUUAUUCAGCUCGUAAGGUCUAAAACUCCCAAAAUCACUUACUUUACAAGAUAUGCUAAAUGUAUUUUGAUGGAGAAUUCUCCUGGUGCUGAUUUCGAGGUUUGGUUUUAUGAUGGAGCCAAAAUACACAAAACAGAAGAUUUAAUUCACAUGAUUGAAAAAACGGGUAAAUCUUACACUUUAAAAAAUGAAAGUGAAGUUACUACCUGGAAAGAGGAAAUAAAGAUAUAUGUGGAACAUGCUAAUGAGGGUCACCGUGUAUGCUUGGCACUGGAAUCUGUAAUCUCAGAGGAGGAAAAGAGAAGUAGGAGCUCUUCGUUCUUCCCAAUAAUUGUAGGAAGAAAACCUGGUAAUACUAGUUCACCUAAAGCCUUAUCACCACCUCCUGUGGACCCAAGCUACUCAAAGGGAGAGCAAGCAACACCAAGCAGAUUGAGCAUGAAUAGCGUGGCAUUCCCAACACAGACGGCUGCAGCUGAAGAACUUGGCCACACAGCCACUGCCACAGGAACAAGUUUCUCUUCUUCGAGUCUUCCUAAAUCAGCGCAGCUUUUGAAGUCAGUUUUUGUGAAAAAUGUUGGUUGGGCUACACAGCUAACUAACGGAGCUGUGUGGGUUCAGUUUAAUGAUGGGUCACAGCUGGUUGUCCAAGCAGGAGUGUCUUCCAUCAGUUACACGUCACCAGAUGGUCAGACAACUAGGUACGGAGAAAAUGAAAAAUUACCAGAAUGCAUCAAACAGAAAUUACAGUGUCUUUCUUCCAUCCUUCUGAUGUUUUCUAAUCCAACUCCUAGUUUUCAUUAACUAAAGUCCUUUCAGAUGUCUAUAUUUAAUAAAUGACUUUUUGGUUGGCUUUCAAGUAAAGUGAGAUUUUUUUUUAAAUUUACUAUAACUUCAGAAAGCCUUUCUGCGAAACAAUUUUAAUAUAUCAUAAAAAAUAUAUGCUAAGAAAACAAAAUAGAAUAAAAUUUUCGUUACCAGAUAUAGUGGUCAUGAAAUAAACUAAGACAUCUGAUUUUAUUCCAAGUACAUAAUCCCUCAAACUUUUCUGUGCUCAUGUAUCUAUUUAACUAAGUUGUGUGUGGUGUGUUUGUUUUUGCUGUUUUCUGUACUAAUAAGACAUUGAGAAUCAUGGACAAAACAUGCUAUAGUUUUGAAGUUUUCAAUAUGUAAAUAAUGUACAUAUAAGCAAUAUGUAAACAUGUAAAUUUUAUAUUUAUUUUUGUAGCACUUGUGUCUGAUAAAAUAUUUCUGCAAAUACAUUUUAUAAAAUAAACACAUUAGUAAGUUUA